UCGUCUUGGAUAACAACUCUCCUCCGUUUGAGGCACCCUAAACUGUUAACGUUUACCACUACAAAACAUCAGCAACUGGUUGGAACGGUUUCGGGCGUUGCCACUCGUAAGACUACACUGUUCAAGUUGUAAAGAUCUAGACUUGUAAAGGAGCAACUAUGUCUGCCUAUCCAACUUCAUCUCCUGGCGGUGAUGCCCCACCUAUAGAGAAACAGCCUAUUCCAGGGGCUCCAGCCCCAACACCUAUGGCCCCAGGGGCAGCUCCUGUAGGCCCCGGGGGAUGGGCAGCUGGCCCCCAGCAGCCACCAGCCAACUGCCCCCCUGGACUGCAGUAUUUGUCGCAAGUAGAUCAACUGCUCGUCAAACAAAAGGUGGAGGGUUUCGAAGCUGUGACGGGAAUUGAGACCAACAACAAGUAUGAGGUGUUGAACUCACUUGGACAGAUUGUUUAUAGGGCUCAUGAAGAUACUUGCUGCUGUACUCGCAACUGUUGUGGGGCGAAACGACCAUUUGACAUAAAGAUCACAGACAAUACUCACAAAGAAGUCAUGCACCUGUCCCGAGGACUCCGGUGUUCUUCCUGUUGGUUUCCCUGCUGUCUGCAGAAAGUUACUGUUGAAGCCCCACCGGGAAAAGUGAUUGGGUAUGUGGCCCAGUCAUGGAGCUGCUGCAAGCCACGAUUUCGCAUCGAGAAUGCUGCAGAAGAAACAGUGUUGAGGAUUGUGGGUCCAUGUUGUACAUGGAACAUGUGUGGAGAUAUUGAGUUUGAUGUUUACGCAGCAGAUGAGGAGACCUUUGUUGGUCGUGUGACAAAACAGUGGUCAGGACUCGCAAAGGAAGUGUUUACAGAUGCCGACAACUUUGGAAUCUCUUUCCCACUCGACCUGGACGUUAAUGUAAAAGCUGUCCUUAUGGGAGCAGUGUUUCUUAUCGAUUUCAUGUUCUUUGAAAAUAACACAAAGAAAGAUGAUAAGGGAAAGAAGACAUUAUCUGGAAGUGCCUAAUCCUAUAAAAGUCAAUGUCAUUGCUCACAUCAUUCGAGGUCAAAGGUCACCUUACUGCAUCACAUGAUCUAGUGAAGAUAGAAACAAAUUGUAGCACCUCACACUGGUGAUUUAAAAUUUCUUACUGAUUUAUUUCUUUAUUUCAUUUCCGCUGUUCUUGAAAUGAUUUCCUGAUCAUUAUAUCACGAGGUUGUUCCAAAGUGACUUUAUGAGAUGAAUCUGUCCACACUCAGUGACAAAAGACAGUGUACAUGGACAAUGAAUAGUAUAUACACAGACAGGUGGUUUUAUAAUUUAUUUACUUCUUUACAUAACAACUACAUUGAUUAUGUUACAUUAUACACAGAUGUGUAACGAUUCACCAGCGUAUCAAUUAGUUCUAUUGUAUGGGAUAGUACCUUGGUAUGUAUUGUAUCUUGUCUACAUCUAUAUAAUGUAUAUCUCUAGUUAAAACUCCCCCAGAGUAAAAGCUAGUACAUUAGUAUAUAUCAUGUGAUAUCAGUAGGCUGUCCUACAUAGUAUAUAUAUACAUCUUUCAUCAUUGCUUGCUGCUUUUGUUUACUUAAACUAUGUUUAGACCAAUUACUUCUCUGCUACAAAACUCUGCUGGUUAUAGAGGUAUGAGAUGGUUCAUUGUUAUAAGGUUUUUGUUGUUGAACCAUUUUAUAUAUUUUUAUCCCAAAUGAAUAUUUUAGUUGAUCCUUUUACAACUUAUAUGUGUCUUCUACAUUUUAUGUUCUGUUGGUAUGUGUAUUCAACAUUUACUUUUUAUAUUAAAUUUUACCAAAAAGUUUAUUUGAUAUUAAUUUGAUCUUGUAAAAUGUCUUUCCUUGUUGGAAAUUUUCAGAAAAAUUACUAAAAAAUUACUUAAUUUCAUGAAAUGUGUGUAGAAAUAAUAAUAAGUAUUCAAUUUAAUGAAAAGUAACUUAAGAUUGUACAAUGUACCUGUGGUGGAGAUAUACAGUUACUUUUUGCUAUUGGAAUAAUAAUUUAUGGUUCUCGGGAUGGCGCCGUGGUUGUGGCCUUUGGCAAGACACAUAACCCUUAUUGGUCUGGAUGGCAUAUGAAAGGACUCCUGUAUGUUCAUUGAACUACUACAAGGAGACCCUGACUCAAAAUGACAGUGGCUGUUCACAGGGCAUUAACCCAACAAACAAGAAACGCCAUGCUUCUUUGAAGCUGAUAAAACAAGCAUUCUUUAAAGCAGCAUGCUUUUUAGAAUUUUUAAAUAUAGUUCUACUUUCAUUUUUACUUAAAAUUUUUAUAUAGAUUUUGUUUUUGUUAAUGAUUCCUCUGAGGUUUUUAAUUGUGAUAUUAAAAAAACCCACCUCAUCCGUUGAAUCAUAUACUUAUUUCAUUUUACUAAACUUACUGAUGUGUGAGUUUAAACAUUCAUCUGACAAGUCUUAGUUACUUUCUGUGUUUCUGAAUGUAUUUUUAUUGAUCUUUGUAAACUAAUGAUUAAAAGUGUUGUUUUUUGUUUAAGUACUGAGCCAGUAUUAAGUCAAUAGGACAAUUGAAGCAAUCAUUAGAUAUACUGUAGUAGCAUUGUUUUGUGACUUAUUCUUACAAAGUACUGCUAUACAUGUAUACAUAUUUGUACUGUAAGUGUAAGAGUAGCUGACCAACAUUUUUGGAGGAAAGAUCUUCACUAUACAUGUACGGUUAAAAUAAAGGGAGAUCACUGUAAAAUUAACACAGGGUAUUAGAUAUAGAAAGUUUGUAGUGUAGAGAAGGUAGAUAUGAAGUUGUAGCACUGAUAUUUUAUAAAGUGAAGCAUUAUAAUCUUUAAUUUGAAGACUACAAUUUAUGUAUCAGUUUCACCACCAUUGAGCAUUUGUAUUCUUCAUGUAGAUGCUUCAAUAUUUAUAUUUUUUCUUAAAUGUUUUGGUAAGAAGUGAUAUAUGAUUUCUUUCAUAAGUCCAAGGGUGUAGGGAAGUUAUUGAUUUAUUGUAAUCAUCAGAAUUCCUUCAUAUAUAUGUAGGCUGUUUUGGCUGCCAAUCCAAUGUUGUAAUGAGAAAGCUGCUUAAUAUCUAGUAAGUAGACAGAGUCAUUGUUGUAAGUGAAAAGUUGCCUCAGUUUUUCUACCUCCACCACAGAGUUUUAUAAAUUACUACCGUCUUUAGAGGACACAACUUCUCAAAUACUAUCCAUAUUACCAAAUUAUAUCAGCUUGAAAAUUUUGUACUGAAAUCUUUAAAAAAAAUGAAGCUGCACUAUUUGGUCCUUGCAAUGGUAUGGAAAUCAUCAUGUUAGAAGGGAAGUAACUCUAAUAGUUAGUAAACAUUUUCCUUAUUUAUGUCAGGAAUUGUUCAAUUUCUUUCCUUAUUGAAAACAUAAAUAGUAUUCAGAGAUAUUUGUGCCUUAUAACUAUGUUUUGUAAACUUUGCAUUGCCAGCCUUUAUUUUCAGAUAUUAUACAAAAUUAUUUCAUCAUCUGUCUUACAUGUUAUAUAUAUCAGCUAUGAACUCAUCAAAAUGAUCUGAACGUUGGAAAUUUGACUAUUUAUUGGCAAAAUAUACUUAAGAUAUUCGACAGCUUUUCUAUGCUUUUAGCCGAAUUUAUGGUAUCAAAUUGUAUAAAUUUCAUCUAUUUUAGAACAAAUAUGAAAAAAGUUAUAUCACCAUCGUUGAAUCAUUCAUGUCAGCCAAGAUGGAAGGCAAGUGUAUUACAAUGUACCACUAGUCACCCACCCCACCACCCUGGAACAAUGCAUUGUGUGACAAAUUUCUUUCUAUGAAUUUUAAUUUGUAUCAUAAAUCACUUUGUAAUGAUUUACAAUAUAACGUAAAUUUUAAAAUUUCUACAAAAGAUAUAGACUUAAGCUUUUAAUUGAUGAUGUGACUUUAAAAGAAUAAAUUGCAGAAAAGAUACAAAUUAAAAAUUUCCUUCACAGACUUCUUGAAAUGUUCAGUCUAUGUCAAAGGAAGUCUACUUGUGUCCAGUGACAAUAGCACCUGUACACAUCUGUGUGUAAACAUUCUCUUAUCUCUGCUUCUGUAGUUAUCUGUAGUUCCUUGGUGUGGGAGUCCUUACAUCCUUCUCUUCUGGGUCAAGUUUUAAUAACUUCUGCUAAAAUUUAUGUAUAACUAAUGGUUGUAAUUUGUAUAAUUUACAUUAUGAAUUAUAUUGCAUAUUUAUUAUUUAAACUUUAUAACUUUUGUAUUUGAAUUGAUAAUGUACAUUCUUAUGCAUUGGUUUGUUUGGUAAAGAGCAGUUGUAUGAUUAAUUCUACAUUGUAAUGUUGAGAAUUUUGUAUUUUCUUACUAGGAGAUGAAUCAGAAUUACAAGAAUUUUAAAUUACAGUGUGAGAUAACUUGGUAAUAUUUUUCUUUUAUCAGAAAAUUUUAAUAGCACAAAUCUUUUAAAUUUAUAUUUAUUAUGUUAAAAAUUAUAAUUGAGAAUUCCUUGUUAAUGAAUCAGUUACAAUAAUAACUCCUGCUGUAUAAAGUUUCUGUUACAAUGUAUUUGUGUUUUCUGCUGUGAUGGGUCUUUUUUUAAUAAAUGAAGAACAUUUUUUUUUGAAAGUCACUGGCAGCAUUCUGUACUACAAUUAAUGCUGUUCUAAGAACUUUCUUUCCCCUAUGUAUUUGAUAUUUACUGUUUUUAAAGUUGCAGUCCUGAUAUUAAGUACAUGUUAUACAUAUAUACAUCUUUCCCAUUGUCUAAAUAUAGGUACCAAUGAAAAACAGUUUUUGUAGAGUAGGUUCAUGUUUAUAGAUGAAAAUAUUAUUGUAUACAUGUCAGUCUUUUAUAUUUUGUCUUCAUACAUAUACACUAUGUAAAACAUGUACAGUAUAUACAUGUACCUUUCUGUCAUUAAAACGUUCAUCAAGCCCUG